AAAAAUUUAAAUCAUUCGAUGUUAAACAUCAGGUCAAGUCGGUAUAGGUGAAGUUCAAAAAAUUGAUUUGAUUUGAAAUGAGAUUGCACCUCCAUGCAAUCUCGUCAGAUCACAAGUGCCAGUAAUGUGAGCUUUAAAAAUAUAAACACAUCUAGAUUUGAAAGUUUACAAACAAUCUGAGAUGGAGGAGCACAAUAAUGGGUUGAGGUACAUGUUUGCUGGAACCUAUCCUCAGAUUUUGGCUGUUCUGAGCUGUACCACCAGCGCCAUCUCCGAUGGAAUGUCCUACGGUUGGUCAGCUCCCAUAAUACCUAAGCUGGAAGCGCCCGAUUCCCCCAUCAAAAUCACAGAAAACGACAAGGACAACCUAGAAAACGUCUAUCUCCUAGGUGCCAUCUUUGGUGUACCUGUCACUGUCUUCCUCGUCGACAAGAUCGGUAGAAAAUACACCAUACUCAUGGCUGGACUGAUCAACUUGGCUGCCUGGUUGAUAAUAGCCAUUGCGAAUACAGCUCCUUGGAUACUGGUGGCCAGGUUCAUGGUAGGAACAGCAGGCGAUGUAGCUUUCAUAGCUGCACCCAUGUAUAUAGCUGAGAUAGCGGACCAGAAGAUCAGAGGGUUUUUAUCUUCUCUGAUCUUCACAAUGAUGCUCAUAGGAAUCUUGCUGAUGUACGUUAUUGGUCCAUACGUUGCCAUACAGACUUCUUCGCUUGUCGCAGCUUUCUUCUUAGCCGUUCAGAUCUUAACAUUCUCCUUCAUGCCUGAAUCACCCUACUUCUAUUUGUGCAAAGGGAAAUACGGUAGUGCCAAACGUUCCUUAGAGAGACUCAGAGCUGACCCUAAUGUUGAGAAAGAAAUCACAGAGAUGAAGACGGCUAUAGAGAGACAAAAAUCGGAAAGCGGGAGGUUCAAAGAUCUCUUCGUUGGGAUAAACAACCGCAAGGCUUUGACCAUAAUGAUUGUUCUAAAUGGAGCUCAACAUUUCAGUGCAUACAGCGUGAUAAUGAUGAACAUGCAUAUGAUUUUAGGAGCUGCCAGUUCGACUUACCUCCACACCAACUACACUGCCAUGAUUUUUGCUUUAUUCAUGAUGAUAGCCGCCUUUUUGGCUGGUUUGGUAUGCGACAAGUUUGGAAGGAAGAUUCUUCUUACGAUCUCCAGCUUCCUCACCAGUAUAGUGUUGGUAAUCUUGGCGAUAUUCCUCCACUUGAAACAAGUGGGUUAUAACGUGGAUGGAAUAAGUUGGAUACCUAUAGUUUGUGUGUUGGCGUAUGCUCUAGUUUUUAAAGUGGGCCUUGGACUUCUACCAAUCGUUUUAACUGCAGAAUUAUUCUCUGCUAACGUGAAGGCUAUGGGGAUGUGUCUAGCGGAUGCUUUCUAUAUAGCUUGGGCGAUGUUGUCUGUUUACGUUUUCUUCUGGUCUUCAAGAUCUGUAGGAAUGUAUUUUUCUUUUUAUAUAUUUGCAGCGUGUGCUUUUCUCACUUCUAUUUACUGCAUGUUGGCCGUGCCAGAAACCAAAGGAAAAACUUUGGAGCAGAUACAAAUGAUGCUCAAGGGGGUUAAACCUCCGAAAAUUGUUGAAAUGAAGGAGAUCAAGAGCAAGGAUCAGACGAAAACCUCUCCAGAGUCUGUUGCAUUUUUAUCUCAGGCUUAAGUUGUUUUGAACUAUUUUAGACAGAAAGAAGUAUUCAGAUCGAAUUGAUACAAUUCAUACUUUCCAUAUGGUAUUAUUUCCUGCAAUCGUCAAUAAGAUGUGUGGUAGCAUCAUGAAAUACCUCCUGAUAGUAUUGUCUUUUUCUCCGUUACGCCACUGUGAUCGUUAUGGCUCAAGGAAUGGGUUGAAAUUCAACUUGUGAUUAUACCAGUGUAUUUUUUUGGUUGUGAUAAUGAGUUGUUAUCAGACUUUUAUGGAAUAUAUUUUUCAUUGUUAUGGAAAUACGUGCGUUGCGAAUGCAUUAAAUUACUUCCAAUGUU